CCCCCACGGCCCACGGCCCGCGGCAUGGCCCGGGGCUCGGCGCCGCCGCUGCUGUGCGCCCCGGCCGUCUGGGUGGCCGCCGCGCUCCUGCUCUGCGCGCCCCGGACCUCAGGGGAAGUGGAGGUUCCUGACGCGAAUGACCCUUUGGGACAACUGGAUGGACAGGAUGGCCCUAUUCCAACUCUGAAAGGCUACUUCCUGAAUUUUCUGGAGCCAGUGAACAACAUCACCAUCGUGCAAGGCCAGACAGCCAUUCUCCAGUGCAAGGUGGCGGGGAACCCCACCCCCACCGUGCGAUGGCUGAAGAACGAUGCCCCCGUGGUGCAGGAGCCCCGGCGCGUCAUCAUCCGCAAGACAGAAUACGGCUCGCGAUUGCGGAUCCAAGAUCUGGACACGACGGACACCGGCUACUACCAGUGCGUGGCCACCAACGGGGUGAAGACCAUCACGGCCACUGGCAUCCUAUUUGUGCGGCUCGGUCCAACACACAGCCCAAAUCAUAACUUUCAAGACGACUACCAUGAGGACGGCUUCUGCCAGCCUUACCGGGGGAUCGCGUGUGCACGCUUCAUUGGGAACCGGACCAUCUAUGUGGACUCCCUCCAGAUGCAGGGGGAGAUUGAAAACCGAAUCACAGCGGCCUUCACCAUGAUCGGCACCUCCACGCACCUGUCGGACCAGUGCUCGCAGUUCGCCAUCCCGUCCUUCUGCCACUUCGUGUUCCCGCUGUGCGACGCGCGCUCCCGGGCGCCCAAGCCCCGCGAGCUGUGCCGGGACGAGUGCGAGGUGCUGGAGAGCGACCUGUGCCGCCAGGAGUACACCAUCGCGCGCUCCAACCCGCUCAUCCUCAUGCGGCUGCAGCUGCCCAAGUGCGAGGCGCUGCCCCUGCCCGAGAGCCCCGACGCCGCCAACUGCAUGCGCAUCGGCAUCCCGGCCGAGCGCCUGGGCCGCUACCAUCAGUGCUACAAUGGCUCGGGCACAGAUUACAGAGGCACCGCCAGCACCACCAAGUCAGGGCACCAGUGCCAGCCGUGGGGCCUGCAGCUCCCCCACAGCCACCACCUAACCAGCGCAGACUUCCCCGAGCUCGGAGGGGGGCAUGCCUACUGCCGGAACCCUGGGGGGCAGAUGGAAGGCCCCUGGUGCUUCACGCAGAAUAAAAACGUACGCAUGGAACUGUGUGACGUACCCUCUUGUAGUCCCCAGGACAGCAGCAGGAUGGGAAUUCUGUACAUCUUGGUCCCGAGCAUCGCCAUCCCCCUGGUCAUCGCGUGUCUUUUCUUCUUGGUCUGCAUGUGCCGGAAUAAGCAGAAGGCCUCGGCGUCUACACCGCAGCGGCGCCAGCUGAUGGCUUCCCCAAGCCAGGAUGUGGAAAUGCCUCUCAUCACCCAGCACAAGCAGGCCAAGCUCAAGGAGAUCAGCUUGUCGUCGGUGAGGUUCAUGGAGGAGCUCGGAGAGGACCGGUUUGGGAAGGUCUACAAAGGCCACCUGUUCGGCCCGGCGCCAGGGGAGCAGAGCCAGGCCGUGGCCAUCAAAACGCUGAAGGACAAAGCAGAGGGGCCGCUCCGGGAGGAGUUCCGGCACGAGGCCAUGCUGCGGGCCCGGCUGCAGCACCCCAACAUCGUCUGCCUGCUGGGCAUGGUGACCAAGGACCAGCCGCUCAGUAUGGUCUUCAGCUACUGCUCACACGGUGACCUCCACGAGUUCCUGGUCAUGCGCUCGCCCCACUCCGACGUGGGCAGCACAGACGACGACCGCACAGUGAAGUCGGCCCUGGAGCCCCCCGACUUCGUGCACGUGGUGGCGCAGAUCGCUUCGGGGAUGGAGUACCUGUCCAGCCACCACGUGGUGCACAAGGACCUGGCCACCCGCAACGUCCUCGUGUACGACAAGCUGAACGUGAAGAUCUCCGACUUGGGGCUGUUCCGCGAGGUGUACUCGGCCGACUACUACAAGCUGAUGGGGAGCGCGCUGCUGCCCAUCCGCUGGAUGUCCCCCGAGGCCAUCAUGUACGGCAAGUUCUCCGUGGACUCAGACAUCUGGUCCUACGGCGUGGUCCUGUGGGAGGUCUUCAGCUACGGCCUGCAGCCCUACUGCGGACACUCGAACCAGGAUGUGGUGGAGAUGGUCCGCAGCCGGCAGGUGCUGCCCUGCCCGGACGACUGCCCCGCCUGGGUGUAUGCCCUGAUGAUCGAGUGCUGGAACGAGUUUCCCAGCCGGCGGCCCCGCUUCAAGGACAUCCACAGCCGGCUGCGUGCCUGGGGCAGCCUGUCCACCUACAACAGCUCAGCGCAGACCUCGGGCGCCAGCAACACCACGCAGACCAGCUCCCUGAGCACCAGCCCGGUCAGCAAUGUCAGCAAUGCCCGCUACGGGGGCCCCAAGCAGAAGGCCCAGCCCUUCCCGCAGCCCCCGUUCAUCCCCAUGAAGGGCCAGAUCCGGCCCAUGGUGCCCCCUCCCCAGCUCUACAUCCCAGUCAAUGGGUACCAGCCGGUGCCCGCCUAUGGGGCCUACCUGUCCAACUUCUAUCCGGUCCAGAUCCCGAUGCAGAUGGCCCCGCAGCAGGUGCCCGCCCAGGUGGUCCCCAAGCCCGGCUCCCACCACAGUGGCAGUGGCUCCACCAGCACAGGCUAUGUCACCACGGCGCCCUCCAACACGUCCAUGGCCGACAGGGCAGCCCUGCUCUCAGAAGCCACCGAGGACACCCAGAACGCCCCAGAUGACGCGGCCCAGAGCCCAGUGCAGGAAGCAGAGGAGGAGGAGGAUGGCUCUGUCCCAGAAACCGAGCUGCUAGGGGACAAUGAGACUCUGCAGAUGGAUGAGGCCGAGGGGCAGCUGGAGGCCUGAGGGGGCUCGGGGCCACUGGGCACUCAGCGGGGAGGCUCGAGCCCAGGCACCAGUGGGCUGGCGUGCACUCCCACUGCACAGAAUCUGCACCUGUGUCGUCCUCUCGUGCGCAGAGCUGCCGUUUGUGGCCACUUGAGGCUGGAGGGUCUUUGAGCUGGUGGCGCCUGACCGGGCAAAGGUGGUGGCCCAGAGGGAUGCCCGGUGACCACCUACGCCCCCAGCAUUCCCCGAGGGAGAUGGGCAGUGGGUGAGCAGAGCCUGCACUUUGCAGGGACGUAGGUACUGUCUGCCCUCCACCUUGCACGUAGGAUCGGAUGUGGAGCAACUUUGGGAAUACAGGCCUGUGGGGCCGCGAGGCGGGACGUCGGGCUUUGGGAUUCGGGGCAGCCGGCCUGUUCGAGGAUGGAGCCGGCCUGCUGUCUCCCUGCCACCCACCCCGCCCUGCCCCUCUGCCAGAGACCGUCUCCCCACUGCCGCCCAGGAUCGGCCGGAACAGGAUGCUGCCGCCUGCCUGCCGGGGUCCCGUGAACACGGGGCUUCUGAAAUGGGAAUUCUCUGUGCCUUACAUGCAAAUGUGCCUUAAAAGAAACCCAAUGCAAUUUUGCAUUUUUGUGAAAUGAUUUUAAUCAUCCUGCAUGUGUAUUUCGCCCACUUUUCUGGAAUUCAGGGGCAAGUGUUUCUUGGGUUUGGAAUGUUUGGAGCGACGUUGUACAGAGCACAGUAUUGUUGUUUUGUUUCUCGAGAAUCAUGUACAGACCUGAAAUGUAAUUUAUAUGGUUUUGUAUGCCAUUUUCAUGGACGUAUGGCGAGCUUAGUAAUUUAACUGUUUACUUUACCCACCCUGGGACGCCACCUGAUUGUAAUUUGGUUUGCUAGUGUUUGUGUCCUACGUAGGCGAGGUCCGUUCAUUUCAGAGCCGGCGGGAGAGGAGGCUCACAGGCUGGCACACCGAUCGAUCUCACUAGUAACUCCCAUACCUGGUGUAUCCAAUAAAGUGAAACAGAACUUUU